AUGAGCGAAUCCACCAGCGACAUCGCGCACACGGAGCGCGCGCCCGUCUCGUCGAGAACGUCCAGGCCCGCGCUCAAAAAGGCGAAAGCCAUUGAUGACAGCCGAAGGAAGAAAGUAAUCCAAUGGCUGUUUGACAAUCAGACCAGCCUCGCGUUCCAUACCAUUGCCCCUCUACUCCUCGCUCACGUCUGCGUCCCGGCGGCGCGCCCAUACACAUCCAAGUUCUUCAAGCUCUCAUAUCACAACACGACCACAGGCAAAUAUGGCGCCGGUCACGAUGAUCUCUGUUUCGUCGCAUUCUGCGUGGUACUCCUUAUUGGAAUUCGCGCUGCCAUGAUGCGACAUGUCCUUGGGCCUCUCGGCCAGCAUUGGGGUAUAUCUAAGAAGAAGGAUGUCGCCAGAUUCUCAGAGCAGGGCUGGAUGCUGGUCUACUACAGCGCCCUUUGGCCUCUAGGAAUGUACCUCUAUUACAAAGCGCCGUACUACCUUAACAUGAAGGGGCUCUGGGCCAACUGGCCCCAAAGAGAACUCAACGGGUUGAUGAAGGGAUAUAUCAUGGUGCAAUGGGCAUACUGGGUCCAGCAGGUCAUUUCCGUGAAUAUUGAAGCGCGGCGCAAAGACUACUGGGAGAUGAUUGUUCACCAUGCAAUCACUAUUUCCCUCAUCGCCGCGUGCUACGCCUACCACCAGACCCGGGUUGGGCAUCUGAUUCUGGUCCUAAUGGACGUUAUAGAAUUGAUAUUCCCGCUGGCCAAGUGUCUCAAGUACAUCGGCUUCGCCACUCUCUGCGACGUGAUUUUCGGCGUGUUUCUCUUGGUGUGGGUUUGGACGCGCCAUGUCUUCUAUCUGAUGACUUGCUGGAGCGUCUACUACGACCUCCCUCAAUCCUUGGAGCAACCAUGCUUCCGAGGCGCUGCAGGUGAGAUCGACGGCCCCUUUGCACCGCCUGAAGAAGGCUGGUCCCACCUGCUCGAACCUUUCAAAGACCCCGCGGGAACGGUGUGCAUGACCAGUGGCAUUACGAAGGGCUUCUUGACCUUUCUUCUCGCUCUCGAGGUCGUCAUUUGUGCAUGGUCAUUCUUCAUCAUCCGUGUCACCGUGCGCGUGCUGAAGGGGUCCCCUGCCGAAGACGUUAGGAGCGAUGUGGAGGUCGACGAGGAGGAAGAGGAGGUGGUCGAGUACGAGGAGGUGGAAGCAAUCGAGGAGGACGUCGGCGUAGAGUCCAUUGACUUGAAAUCCUGGGAACGCUCCAGCGCCAAGAAGGAAUCGAGCUCAAGGGUGAGCGGCGUCAGAACCCAUAGUGGCAGGAAGGAAUUACUCAACAGAAUUGGUUGCGAGAAGCAGAUUGAUUGA